GCACUACCGGCAGGGCCACCAGACUUCUGGUUCCAGAGUAGAGCUUGUGUCGUGGACUUCUGCACAUCUGUUAGAGCUCAGACACCACCAGUCAGAGGGGCCUGAGGGAGUCAGUCACCACUCACGUUCCAGAGUCUACUGACCUCCAGCUCAGCCUCUCCCCACAUCAUAGAGUGUGAGAACUGGAAAGACUGCUGGAGUUUGUCCAAUUUGUUAUCUUUUUCAGAUAUUAUGUCAGGUGUGUGUCGGGGCUGGGCAUUUAGCUCAGCGGCAUAAGCACUUGCCUUGCAAGCGGGCGGUCAUGAGUUCGAUCCCUGGUACCAGAAAGAAAAAAAAAAAGUGAUAUUCCCUCAACCUUUCCCUCCCUAUGAUUAGGGAUUGUGAAGAUCUGUGGCUGUUGAAAAUGCAAGGAGCUGAAGAUGGAGAGAAUGAGAGAGAGACUUACCAGGGUUGGAAUAACAAGCCUGCUCUAGAGCAUGAUGUAUCUGAAAAUGAUUCACCAUGGAUCAUAGCAAAGAGAUACCAAGAAGGUGAAUUACAGGGUUCUGCAUUUGAAGGAAACCAUGGCUGCGAGAGCAUAAAGGAAAAUUCUCUCAAAGAGGGUCCUGGCCUGUGCCUUUUUCAGAAAGGAGGUUUUGGAGGAAUAACCUUCCACAAGGAUAUACACCCUGAAAUGGUCAGUCAGGAGUAUAGUAUUGAGAAGACCUUGGUUUUGACCCCAAGCCUUGUGACAUGUCUCAGGGUGUCCACAGAAGAGAGCCUGCAUCAGUGGGAAGCAAACAACAUAUGUGCUGCUGAGAUUUCCCCCCAGAGCAAACGUGUGGCUCUUUCCACACAGACGAAAGUAUGGUCACGUCAUGAGUGUGGGCAGAGCUUUACUCAGAGCUCAUCCCUCACCCAGCACCAGAGGACUCACACCACAGAGAGGCCCUAUGCAUGCGCAGAGUGCGGGAGAGCAUUCAGUCGAAGUUCAUUUCUUGUUCAGCAUCAGAGUAUUCACACUGGUGUGAAACAAUACCAGUGCAAGCAGCAUAGGAAAACAUUUCGAUGUCGCUCCUUUCUCACUCAGCAUCACAGAAUCCACACUGAGGAGAAACCUUAUUCAUGUACUGAGUGUGGGAAUUCCUUCUGCAACUAUUCACAUCUCACUGAACACCAGAGAAUUCACCGUGGAGAGAAGCCUUAUUUAUGCAGUGAAUGUGGCUCUUCUUUUCGCAAGCAUUCAAAUCUUACCCAGCAUCAGAGAAUUCACACCGGAGAAAAGCCUCAUCAGUGUGAUGAAUGUGGGAAAACCUUCCAAACAAAGGCAAACCUGUCCCAGCAUCUGAGAACUCAUACUGGAGAGAGGCCCUACAAGUGUAAAGAGUGUGGCAAGGCCUUCUGUCAGAGUCCAUCUCUCAUUAAACACCAACGAAUUCACACUGGCGAAAAACCUUACAAAUGUAAGGAAUGUGGCAAAGCUUUUACCCAGAGCACCCCACUUGCCAAGCACCAGAGAAUCCACACUGGGGAGAGACCCUACAAGUGCAUGGAAUGUGGCAAAGCCUUCAUCCAGAGUAUCUGCCUCAUUCGCCACCAGAGAAGUCACACAGGAGAAAAACCCUACAAAUGCAGUGAAUGUGGGAAGGGCUUCAACCAGAACACCUGUCUCAGGCAGCACAUGAGGAUUCACACUGGAGAGAAGCCCUAUGAGUGUAAGGAGUGUGGGAAAGCCUUUGCGCACAGCUCUUCUCUUACCGAGCAUCGCAGGACUCACACUGGUGAGAAGCUGUACAAAUGUAGUGAGUGUGCAAAAACCUUCCGCAAAUAUGCACACCUGAGCGAGCACUACAGAAUUCAUACUGGUGAGAAGCCUUAUGAAUGCAUGGAAUGUGGGAAGUUCUUCAGACACAGUUCAGUCCUUUUCCGGCAUCAGAAACUUCACAGUGGUGAAUGAUUUCUGCCACAUAGCUUAUGACAGUUUCUCUAGAGAGACUGAAGAGGAAUCUGGCUGGGAGGAGAAAGCCAGGAGAAGGAUAAAGGAGGCUUCUCUUCUCUGAGGGGUGUACUCCACAAAUGGAGAUGGGCUUGAGUAAUACAGAGCCAACUCCUGGGAAUAUGAGAUCAAAAGGAAAUUCCAGCUUUUCAGAUAAGCUUCUAGGCUUCCAGUCCUCCCUUUCCAUAUGGCUUGGGGCCUUUUUAGCUUGGCGUUUGUGCCUCUACCAAACUCCUACGUACCCUCUAACCUUGUUAAUUAUAUGCCUUGGAUGGGGUGGGGGUUGAGGGUUUCUUUCCAAACAGUAUGGAGGUGAAAAGCUACAUCAGAACUUGAAGUAGUUUCCAGAUGUGUAUGGCUCUCUGAACAUACCUGUGCAGUGAGCCCUCUGACCUGGGGAAGUGGUCCUGUGAGGGGAAAAUGUACAGAAGCAGAAAACAAUGUGUGUACAUUGCCUUGUUCAUGCUCUAAAAAGGAAGUGUGUGGCAAAGCCCAGCUUGCUAUAGAUAUCUUUGCAUAGCACACUAGUAUUAGGGUAAGGGAGACCUUUCUGGUCCUUUGAAGCUUAUAGGUUGAUUGAGCUAAGAAGGAAGUAGGUAUCAGAAGUGUUUGCCAUUUUCUGGGAAGGGUACAGAGAGGAAGCCCUAGAAGAUCACUGCCUUACCCCGGGAAGAAAUGGUCUGUGGCACAUGGCCGGCAAUAAGAGGCCUCUGAGCCGAGAACCUGCAUGUGCAGGCCACUUACAAAACCUUGCUGUGGCUGAGUGUAUACUCGGAACUCGAAGCUGGGUCAGACAUUGGUUUUCAGCAACCAGAGGAGAGGGCCCUGCUUUUACUGACAGUGUGCUAACAAAGUUUCUGGCUUCCAAGUGGAAGCCUUAGUGAUGGAGGAGGACAGCCUCUCAGCCUGCCUGCAGUGUGGGGGUUGUGAGGUUGGUCCUUACUACAGUGUUGAUAUUUGUUGUAGAAUUUUGGGGGAACAUUCUUUUUUUUUUUUUUUUCCUUUUUAUCGGUACUGGGGAUCGAACUCACGACUGCCUGCUUGCAAGGCAGGCGCUUAUGCCGCUGAGCUGUUUAUCAAAUAUCCAAAAAUCAAGAUAGCACAGGUCACUACUAAGAAAAAUGGUUGUUUUCUCUUUAUUUCCACAGCCCCUUUAAUGUUCUCAUCUACCACCCAGAAGUUGGGCUCCAGCAAUGAGGGUACCCUUUGACCAGUAUCUCUGUUCAGGAAUGUAAUUUGACAUACAGCUUUGGCGAUAAUGGCCACAUUCGUAUUUGUGUGGGAGUGGUGGACACACUCAUGUUUGUCACCUUUUCAAAGUUGCAACCAAAAACAAAAUUUUGCCAGACACUUCUGUUUGUGGACCAAAUUGUUUACAAAUAAAAGUUUUGUUAACCUGAAGUAUCACUGAAUUUAUGAUACUUUCUAUGCAAAGCUUCAGCUUUUAUAAUUUAGAAAUAUGACUACUAAAAAGAACUACAGAGGGGCUGGGGAUUUAGCUCAGCGGCAUAAGUGCCUGCCUUGCAAGCAGGCAGUUGUGAGUUCAAUCCCCCCGGUACCAAUAAAAAAGAAAAAGACAAAAAAUAAUGUAUAAAAUGAACUACAGGGCCAAGGAUUAAGCUCAUGGAGUAAGCACCUGCCUGGUAAGCACAAGGUAGUGAGUUCCAGCCUCAGUACCAAACAAACAAACAAACAAACAAACAAAAGAAGUACAGUGAGUUGGUGCUGGAACACUUGGUUGUUUGGAAGCCAGCAUUUGGCUUCCCAGCAUAUCUGUGCUCUAAGCAAUGAUUCAGGCCAUUCACGAUCACUAAUAGGAAUAUGGAUUUAUUUUCCCAUCUCCAGCAUUACGAUGGUGUUCUCUAUCCCUACUACAGAGGACUUCAUAACUGAGGAAAUAAUACCUUAUUGACAGAAAUGAUCCUCAGAAAUCUUCCUAAGUGUUUAUGUUCAUGAAAAUAUACCAAAAAUAAAGUGGCAAUGAAUUUAUUCUCAAAUGAAAAUAUCACUACAGAAUUAACUGCUGGCACAAAGUAAAUGGUCAAUGAAUAUUUGGUGAAUUAACAUACUUUCAAUCUAUCUUUGUCUACUAAAACUAAAGAACUUUAUGAUGGGUACAUAUUUAGUCUAUACUUACACACUGCUAUCUUUGAAAUCUUCUGUGGAGAAGAGAGAAAAUGGAAUUUCCAUGAGAAAUAGGAAAAACUUACAGGUAAGAGAUACCCAGGAGUUACUGUGAAAACGCUAAUCUAAAUUGAAAUGAGCAGGAUGCUGAGUAUUUUAAUCCUGAAAAAGUCUGGCACAUUUUUACUUCGUGAUCAAACGAGGAAGAGAAGUGUCAGGUUUCUGUACCGUCACCCCACAGGCACACCUGCCACACAGCUGCUCCUGAUUUUCCUGCCACUGCUGGCUGUGAGUGCCCAGCUGUCCCGCUGUGGCCCUUUGCCUAGGAAGUGCUUUGUCCUGCAGCCUUAGCGCGCGCUCAGUCUGUGCCCAUCGUACCACAGCAUGUCACACACCUGGAAGCCCUCUUCCUUCCUGUUGCUCACUAUUUACUUAUGUUCUUCCAUGCAGGCUGGCCUUGGACUUGCAGGGUUCUCCUGCCUCAGACUGCCCAGUGCUGGGGUUGCAGGUGACCGCUUUACCCAGCUCCUAUUGCUUUAGGCCAACUCCCUGAUUUACUUCCUACAUGAUUUUUCUAAGUCAGAAGUUCUUGUUGCACUAAGCUUUCCCAUUUCUUAUGGAUGAUCUUCUUAAGCAAACCUGGAAGCUUCUUCAUUUUACCUUAGAAUAAAGUCCUGCCCCUCUACAGUGACCCCAGAGCACCUUUUCUCACCCAUGCCACCAUACAUCACCUCAGCUGCCAGUCGUGUCUGGUAUAUUCAGUUUCAGAAUGCAUAUUCUUGUAAUUCUCUAGUGUUUCUAGUUACUCUCUGACUCUGCUAUUUCUACACGUACUGUUCCUAUGGUACAUUUUUCUUCAUUUGCCCGGACAACUUGCAGGUGUCACUUCUGGAUGUGCACAACUAACACUGCCUUUUUUAAGUUUGAGAUAGGAUCUUGCUUUGUAGCGCAAGCUGGCCUUGAAUUAGCAGCAGUCCUCUUGCCGCAGCCUCUCAAAUUCUGGAAUUAUAAGAGUGUCACAAACUUUGGGAAUAUAUACAUUUAAAGCUGUGUCUAACCUCAAUGUUUUUAUUCUGACUUUGUGUGUGUGUGUGUUGUGGUUGCAGUAUUUGGGAUUGAACCCAGGACCUUGGCACUGAGCUACAUCCCCAUACCCACCCCCUUUUUUUUCGAGACAACCAUGCUAAGUUGCCAGGUUGGGUUUCAUGUUGGCACAUCCUCCCAGAUCCUGGGAUUAAUAGGCAUCUAUUACCAUGCCCACCUGUGCAUGCUAUUUUCAUCACUUUGUGUUGUGAUUCUUUCUUUUCCCAUAGUGUCUGUCACCUGUACUGGGCAGGAGGAAUGGGACACUCAUCUUUGCAUCCACAGUGCCUGGCACUUAGAAGAUUUUCAAUAAAUAUUUGUGGAACUCAACUAAAACGCAGAAUUGUAUUGCCCCCCUGCCAGCCUGUAAAUUGGUACGGCGAUUGUGUCUGAAGUAUUUGCUAGCAACAAACACUAAACUAUUCUCCAAGACUUAAUUAAGAGUAUGUGGUUGUGUUAAGCAGAGAAUUCUGUAAGAAAAAGUAGUAGUUAUAAGCGAAGGAGUUUAUUAUAAAUUUAGAGUCUCAUCAUGAGCAAAAAGAAAAUGUGUGACUUAACACCUCUGUGUCAACUGUGAACUCCGGGAAAGAGGAGCUAAUCAGGUGACGCGCUCCUGCAGUCCCAGUGGCUCAGGAGGCUGAAGCAGGACCACUGAAAGUUGGAGGCCAGGCCGUUUUCCUGAAAUCCUGUCUCCAAAUAAGGGCUGUGGUUAUGGCUCAGUGUUAGAGUGUGUGGCAUUCACAUGGCCCUGGGUUUAAUCCCCUAUACCACUGAAAGAAAACAGCUGAACAAUAAUCCCGACCUCACAGAGAGCAUGCUGAGAAAGCCCAUAUUGAAAACACUUGUGGAGCUUAUGGUCUCUUGGCCUCUGAUAAAGAACUAGAUUGUCUGCCCCCCACCCCCUUUUUGAGACAAGGUCUUGUUCUGUAGUUCAGUAAGAUCUUGAACUCAAUAUAUAGCACAAGCUGGCCUUGAACUCUCAGAAAUCAUCCUGCUUCAGCCUCAGAUUGCUGGGAUUGCAGUCGUGCCACUCCCAGCUGACUUGCUAAUUCUUAAUGCUAUAAAAUUGAAUGACUUUCAAAAUACACUGGGAUGGGGGUGACAUCAUAUCCUCAGGUCAACAAAAGAGAAAACGGGGUCUUUACAUAGGCCAUACCUAUCUCUGUUCUCUACCUCUGUAUCCAUUACAGAAAUGCCGCCUAGGACUCUGUCCUUCUAAAGGAGGGUUGGAGGCACUCACUUUGUAAGACACAGUUUUACCCUGAGAAUCUCUGACUGUUCUGGGUGUGAGGGUGAGGACCUGGUUUGCAUUUGACCUCUUAACUUUGUUCAAAGGUAGAGUCUUCGCCUCCACCCUAAGUAGCACCAGCUUGACUUCCCUCGUGGACCACAUAGUAAUGUGGAGUUUUUUGGGUGUCUCCCUGCAGGCCUCAGCCUUCCUCACUGAAACAAGCUCAGCCUAAAACGCCUUAAAGCCAGAUACUGUUCCUAGUGAAGCACUCUUGCGGGGGGGUGCCUCACUCCAGGCAGAGGCGCUGUGAUUCGGAAAUGCGUUGACCCCCAAAGGGAAGAUAACAAGUUCAGAUGUAGAUUCUCUGGCCUGUGGAGUAUUAGGACUGCAGGCAAGAAUUCCUGCUGCCAAAGAAGUACCGAGAGUGCAACACUGCUAAAAUUUAAUGCAGGUAAAAUAACGUUGCCAUGUGGCAUGUCACUCAUUCUACAAAGUGUCUUCCAGUUGAAGGUGGUUCCCGGUGUCCUGCCAGCUGCACUUAAACACUGUUAUGUUCUCUUCCUGUUGAGGGAAAAGAGCCCGUCGGGAAAUCUGAGCGUAUCUUCUCUGCUGCUUUUCAUUUACUCAGAAAGUGUUAGCCCUGGUGCUGACGACGGAGGCAUGGAGCACCGGGAGCGAGCCAGGUGCCAGCUCCAGCCUGUACCUGAACGCAGGGAGCCGGGGUUUGCGUGUGCAUCCAAGUGCUUUGCAGAAGAGAGCGGCGCGCCCCCGCGCAGGCAGGGCAAGCACUGCAGCCAGGUUGAGCCGAAGAGACCGUGCAGGAGGCAGGGGAAGAUGCAGGGGUCAUUUACAGGAAUUUACUGUACCAUUUAUUCCUCAAGCCCACGACAUCUGGCACCGCUGUUUUAUCACUGACGAAGGAGACAGGGAACGUGAUCCCUCGAGAUCAGCCGCUGGCAAUCUGGGUUGAAGCCCACGGCAAGACUCCGUCCUGCUGGCAGCCUGUGUAGAGGUCCCAAGCUGGAGGUUCCGGCGAAGUGGCCGCUCGCUAGCAGGCGACAUGUGUGACUGAGCGGUGGCGGUAAGGUGAAAUGACACAAUAGGAGGUCGUUGGGGUCAAUGCCUAUGCUCCCACCCUUUCGGCUUCCCAGUGCCAACUGGUUGAGAUGGGAAACAAAGCAGCUUGUACAGCUCAGAUUUGGCGCAGAGGCACCGAGGCGAGACCGCCCACCUGCCUAGAGAGGAAGACUACUGACGUGAGACUACCGCGGGAAUGGUGACAUCAAGCAGAAGGGACGCAUUUGAGUGUCCUCUGCUGCAUCUCUGGAGUUUCGCGUGUACGCGGGAGCGAGAGGUAGACUUCCAUGGCUUGCGGCCUCUGGUUUUUGAGCUGUCGUCAGUCCUGAUCCGUCCCCUUCCCUGGGCCCGUGGUUGCCGUCCCUGCUCUGACUCGUGGCACGGAGGCCGGGCCGGGGCCAGGGGAGGCCUGUGCGAGCCCAGGGCUGGGUCUGGGACACCAGGGCGAAGUGCCUCCUUGAGCGAGCCCGCCCGAGCCACUGCUUUGGCUUUGCUUUUAUUUUUCCCCAUUAGUGUAUACUGCUGUUUGCUUUGCCACUCUAAGGGGCUGUGCGGGCUGAAUAUGUGAGAAUUACGCCUUCGUUAGGUAUUUCUUCUCUAACAGCAACAAGUUAGAUGCUCAAUAUGCAGAGACAGGCGUAGGGAGGCGGAGGCAGGAGGACCGUGGAGUUCCAGCCUAGCCAGGAAAUCUUAUGGACUUUGAGACACUGUUUCAAUUUUUUUUUUCUAAAAGUAAAGCCGAUUUAAUAAGAAAAAUCCUGGAGAUGUUAAGGGCCCUAAAAACACACCGAUGUGCCAGGAAACCGGACUUUCAGAGGAGCUGUAAAAGAGAGCUCAAAAAAAAAAAAAAAAAAAAAAUCCAGUGGUCACCUGAAAACAAGCGUAAAAUCUACCCGCCUUUUAAUUCUCCAGGAAACAAGACUUUAGAAGGCCUAAGUCUCGCCAGGGACUCGGCCUUUACAGGGGGUCCCAGCUGGGGAGACCUUGCCCAGCACUGGAGAGGCUGGGGCAGGAUGGCUAUGAGUUCAAGACUAGCCUGGGUUACAAAGUGAGUGUAACUUUUCCAUUUAGCUGAUUAAAUGAGCUGAGGUUUAUUUUGUAUAUAACAUAUCCACACUGGGAGGUGAAGAUGGGGAGAAAGGUGUAGGCAGGAGCUUCGGUACUGGCACUGCUCAGUAUUAUCAGUUUCUGGCUGGAAACAAUUUCUGCACAUAAGCAGGGUGUACCAGCCAGCCCGCAGCCCUAAUAGAUCCCAGUACACUAAUGCAAAAUGACCUCCAGGACAACAACAAAAGGGACAAAAUAAAAGAGCAAGUUGUAGAGAAAAGCCUAGUGCUUUUGAAAAACGACAGAAAUGAUAUACUCCAAACUUGGUAAUCUUAGAGAAAGGAAAUGAAUUUGUUUGGAUAACACUGGAUAAUAAUAGCUAUAAAAGUGACUUUUUUCAUUAUACUUGUGCAUUAUCUAAAUAUGUUCCAAUGAUAUAUUAGUAUGUAUCUUAAUGUGUGUGAUGGAGUACUGAGAAUUGAACCCAGAGCCUUCACACUGAGCUACAUCCUCAACCCUAUUUAUGUAUUCAUUCAUAAACUCAUUCAUUUAGGCUGGCCUUGAACUCACUUAUACAGCCGAGGCUGGCUCUGAACUCAAGGCAACUGUCCUGCUUUGGUAGGUUACAAGUGUGUGUCACCAUUCCUAGCUUUUUUUUCCCUUAAUGUUUAGGACACAAUACCUCAUCUUCAAAGUCUAGAAUAUUGAUGCAGCCUAAGUCUUAAACUCCCAAGAACUUAGAAAAAAAAUCAUUUCCACAUAAAUCUUUCUACCUACUGUGCACUCCAAGUUUUAUUUUCCACCCUGAAGUCCCCCGUGUCAAACAAGCACUGAGCUGUGCCUCAAGGGUUUCCCGCACGACAUAUUCGUGGAGCUUCUAUCCAGUGUGAACCCUGUAAUGCUCACUUAGGUGUGCCUGCUAGAGGAAAGCCAUCUCACACAUUCGACACUUACACUGCUUCUCUGCAGUGUGAGUUCUUUCAUGCUCAGCAGGGGAGGAGUUCUGAGUGAAGGUCACACUCAGCACAGGCAUUGGGGCUUCUCUCCUGCAUGCCUACUCUGGUGCUGUGAGACGUGCUCUUUGACUGAAGGCUGUCCUGCUCAGGGUGGGUAAGGUCUGUCUUCACAGUGACUUCUCUCAUACCGAGCCAGGCAUAUGCUCUGCUCACAUGCACUGCCAUGUUCCAAGCAUUCAAAUGCUUUCUCGCCAGUGUGGACGCACUGGUGUCUAGAGAGGGACGGGGCCUGACAAAAGGCUUCCCCACACUUGUUGCACUCAUACAGUUUCUCCAGUAUGUAUUCUCAGGUGCUGGACAUGGAUAGUUUUUGUCUGAAAAGCUUUCUUGCUCCAUAACCUGAGUAGUCGGGAAGCCCUGGACGUGCUGGACUGCUCUCCUGUAUCCUGGUCAUUGUAGGGAAGUUCCAGCUGUCUCCUGAGUAGCCCCAGGCCCCGCGCUCCAUUCCUGGAACCCGAGGUAUGCGGUCAACAGAAAGAUAAAUGGGACUUUGAAUGGCGGGUUACUGCCCCCUUGCUUAGAAGGAAAGGAUAUUAUUAGCAGAGCUGAACACAGCCCAAGCAAGACAGACAGAAGUGUGGCACUCUAGCCACCAACACUUCAAACGCUUGGUGAGCAUCUAUUGUAAACCCAAAAAUUGAGUUCAGUCAUCCAAGUAUUGUAAUCCUCUUUCUAGUUUUCCUCUAAAUCCAAAAAGUUAUAUUUGUAAUUCCAUUGAGAUGUUAUUAGAAUUCCAGCUGAUCAAUUCCAAUCUACCACCACCAAUGCAACCCACGGCAAGAGUAAAAAUACCAAGACAUAUUCCAAGUUGAGGGCAGCCAAAGGGACCCAAGUCCAUUUCCCAUGAGGACAGGUGGACAAAGGCCUUGAUCCUAGGCCUCUCCCAGCAUUUAUUAUCUUGUGAAGAAAAGACGGGGGGGGGGGUGUCGCUCAGGGAUGAGUGAUAGUCAGGAUGUUGGGGAUUGCUGAGUAACUUGAGCUGGCUGGCCAGGUACAAGGAAGGCAUCUCUGUAAUUUGCAGAGAUAAAGAUAUGCAGAAGGAUCAAUUUACAUAACCUGAUUAGUGUAGCAGGGGAAUUGUUUUGGGGGGCUAUUGCUUAGGUUUUUGAUAUGCAAACUCUUGUGCCCUGGGGAGUCAUAGCCUCUUAUCUUGAGGCUCCUUCCCAGACUAUCUACUCUGUGUCUUGCCAGCUCAAUCUUGUAAUGUAGAGAACACCAUGUGAGGAAACAGGGCUGUCUGAUGGGCAGACUUUGCAUAUUAACACCUCAGCCAGCCUUAUUUGCAAUGCUUAGAGCCAACUGAAGAGAGAAGGAAACAUCCUAGCCAGCCUUUCACAUAUCAGUAUAAGGAAAUGAGUCCCCAAGUAGUCAAAGUCACAGCAACUGUUUUGGAUCCAAAGGGAGUCACUGGAGUUGUCUCUCACAUCUGUGAUGGCUAUACAUUAGCACCUGGGCUAGCCUUGUUUGCCAUGCUCAGAGUUAACUGAAGAAAAGGAAAUACCCUAGCCACCUUUUUACAUAUCAGUAUAAGGAAAUGAGCCUCCAAAUAUUCAAAGUCACAGUAAUUGUUUUGGAUUCAAAGGGAGACGCUGGAGUUGUCUCCCACAAGCAUCUGCUCAGAAGGGCCAUGCAGGAAGUAACCUAGCUUUCGACUCUGACCCCAAACUCACCUGGCAGAGAGACGUCCUACAGUUGGCAGGAGCCACAGGCUUUGGAAAACUCAGUAAAAGCUGAGGUGGUUUCUGUUGUACUCUAAGAAAAUAGCUUCAUUUUAUGUAUAUUAUAACAAAACCUGUAACAGGGGCUUACUGUAUGUGGUUUCCUUCUUAUGUCUUUGGAUGACCUAAUUGAUAUGUUAUCAAUGCUCUUCUCUGUAAAGAAUUGUAAACCUUACCUAAUUGAUAUGUUAACCAUUGUUGCCCUCUACAAACUACAGCAGUUGUGCUAAAACAAGCUAACAAGGGUUGUAAAUCACUGUUAGGCGCCUCUAUUCUCCACUAAAGAGCUAAAGAAAACUAGGAUGGCCCUCUAAUUUACACUUGUUUAAAGUAACUUGCUUGUGUGCAGGGAGAUUUGCUUAUUAGUAUAACCCUUUACCUGACCUUGGUCCCCCUCCCAGAAAGAAAGAAAAACAUAACCACUGUUUUCUGUUCUGUAUGGCGCCUUAUUGCCUCCCUCUCCCCUUACCUAUCUAUCUAGGCUAGGCCAUAAAGAUCUUGGGUUUCUGGUGACCUCUUCCUGACCUGGUGGUGGUCUGUCAUAAAAUGUGCCUUAGCUUCAAGGAAAUUACAGGAAAAUGUUGUGGCUUAACCCUAAUGCACCAAAAGGGUUAAGUUCCAAAUCCUUGUGAAGGCUUAAGUUUCAGCUUCUUGUAACUUUGGACCCCUUCCCACCUGUUAGUGUUAACGGGCUCUCCUGAGAUAAUUAGCUUUCUACAUUCUUCUCCAAAUGUUAUUGUAGAUAAUUCUUAUCUGCAAGAUGGGAGUAACUCAGAAGGUACCAGAGGCUCCCCAGGUUGUCAGAACUAAGUGGACAGCUAUACAGUUUCCAGAUUGGGGUCAACAAGUUUGAUGGCUCUGCAGGUUUCUUUGUGUCCCCCCCCCCGCCCUUUUCCUCCAGCCUCUUUUUAAAGUCCUCGCUUCAGUCUCUAGCAUGCAGUCUCCAAAUUGGCUCCCGGAGACUCGUCACCAGGCCUGAAAAUAAAGCCUUUGCUUCACAAA